AUUAUCAAGUCAGUCGGCCAUCUUGUUGGACGCGCUUCUCAUAGGGAGACCGUGAAUAUUUUUUUUCUGACUUAGUGCAUUUUCAUUUGUAAGUUUUAAGUUUUCACUAUUAAAUUCGACGACAAAUUAUAAAGAACGGAGCUUAAAGUUUUUAUUGAGAAAAAUGAAAACCGAGGAUGGUUCUCAGAUGCAGAAUAACGACGAGAGGGACCGUAGUCGGGAACGAGAUCGCACCAGGAGAUCGGAAAGAAAUCGAGUGAAUUCGGCGAGUCGUGAUCGCAGUCGAGAUAGAAAUAAUGAUCGAGGGAGAAAAAUUUCCGAAAGACGUAUUUACGUUUCAAAUAUUCCAUAUGACUAUCGUUGGCAGGAUUUGAAGGAUUUAUUCCGAACUGAAGUGGGCAAAGUGGCUCACGUUGAACUAUUUACUGAUGAAAAUGACAAACCUCGAGGCUGUGGAAUCGUUGAAUUCGAGGACGCCGAUUCGGUUAAAGUUGCUGUUGAGAAAAUGCAUCGUUUUGAUAUUAAGGGACGCAAACUUGUCGUGAAAGAGGAUUAUGAUGUGGAACGCGACAAGUACGGUCGUUUGGCGUCGUCUCGCAAUAAUGACAGGCCACCACGUGAAGAUAGAUUUAGAGACCCUCCCAGACAGAAUUCAGGUAGACAGAAUAUGUCGGCGCCGAGUAGUGGAGGCGGUGGUGGCGGUGGCGGCGGUGGAAAUGAUAGCAAAUUUGGUAACACUUAUGGUCUUAGCACACAGUUCUUGGAAUCGCUCGGCAUCAACGGGCCUCUAGUCACCCGAGUAUUUGUUGCAAACUUGGACUACAAGGUGGACGAGAAGAAAUUACUCGAAGUAUUCAAACUCGCGGGAAAGGUGUUACACGUUGAAUUGGGAAAAGACAAGGAUGGCAAGUCGCGUGGCUUUGGAGUCGUUGAGUACGAUCAUCCCGUUGAAUCAGUUCAGGCGAUAUCGAUGCUGCACAAUCAGCAACUGUUCGACCGCCGCAUGACAGUGCGCCUGGACCGUGCCAACGAGCCCGACAUGCCGCCGAAACUGCCCGACGGCUUGAAGGGAAUUGGAAUGGGCCUUGGCGCAGGUGGCAACCGUUUGACAGACGUCGCAAGAAAUAUUCCCAACGUCCAACCAAAUAAUCCACCAGUAGUGAGUUCAAUUUCGGCGCCAGUGCUCGCGACGGGAGCGUUUGGCGGUGGAUUGAACAAUGUCGUGCCAGCGCAAUUGGCAUCAGUUUUGUCAAAUUCGAACGCAAAUGCCUUGCAGGCGAGUUUAGCUGGCGGUCUGGGUGCAAAUCUCGCGACUAGUUCACUGUUGAAUCAGUCGUUGACCAGUGAAUUGGCGUCGAAUUUGAGCAAUUUCGGUGGCGGUGUUGGCGGAUUGUCGAGUUUGCAGGCGUCACUUGCUAAUGCGCAGGGAAAUAAUAGUUUUGCGCCGCGCUUAUCGAAAAUGGAUAAUGACAAUCCCUUUGGCGGUAACAAUGCAUUUGGAGGUUCAAAUUAUGGAGGUGGUCGUGAUUUUGAUGGAUUUAAUAGAAACGAUGGAGAUCGAGUUUCAGGUGGUAGUGGAGUAUUCUCGACCAAUCAGGGCAGUGGCGGUGGCGGCGGCGGCAGUAAUAACAGACAAAACAGCAAUGGAUCGCGUCCAUUGUCUGAUACAAUUUUGAUAGGAAACCUGCCAUCAAAUGCAACGUGGCAAAUGUUACGUGAUAAAUUCCAAGAGGUCGGAGAAGUGAAAUUUGCUGAAAUGCGUGGCUCCGAUUUGGGUUUAGUGCGUUUUGCCAAUGACUGGGACGCCGAGAGAGCAGUCUCAAUGAUGAAUCGUUCACGAUUUGAUGGAAGAACAAUUGACGUCCGUCUCUACUAAAUUUCGUCAGGAGGAUCGUCUCUUUAUAAAUCGUCUCGGUUGAUAAAUCACAAACUCAUCUUUAUAAAGACGAAAAUUUCCUAUUCUCCACUUUUAUCGUUUUCAUCGAAAUCUUGAUGGUCAAUUUUUUUCAUUAUGAAAUUCUAGAAUUGUGUUAAUUGAUAUUAAAUAUUGUGGAAUUUUAAGCAAAAAAUCUUUUCGGC